CACACAUAAUUUCAGAGUCUUCCACUUCUGGUCUUGUUGUAUUUCUACCUUCAUUUUUUAAAUAUAUUUUUUUUAUUUAAAUUUUUCUGUGGCCUAGGAAAUUCGGUGUUGGGCAUGCGAAUCUCGAUAUGGAUUGCCGCACCUCGAAAAAGGGGGGCUAUAGUAUCUUUAAACUCAAAACCACCCUCUCUCCCGUCUUCCCUGGUUUGGAAGCGAUUCUUUGAUUGAAAAAGAUUGCAUUUUUUUCAUUGGUUUUUUUUGGAUUAGAUUAAAAAACAAAAACCCAGAAAGUUCACUUCUUCCUCACUUGCCCUCUUUAAUUUGAGAAUGCUCAAAUGAGUUUGAUAUGUUCUAAUGGACUUUUGUAACAUUGAGGUGUAAACCAUGAUAACCGAGUUGGUUUUACUGGCAUUGUGGAGUCAUCUGUUGAGGCAAUGUCUGCUAAUGAUUUAGGAGAGAUCAAGAUGGAUGGUUCAGACUUGCCAUUGAAGCAUGAGGACUGCCCUGUGUUGGCAUCACCAGUGAUUUAUGAUUCGAUGAGAAGUCAGUUGCAGGGGACUACAGAACACAAAUGUACAGAUACUAUAGGAAGCAAUAAUUCAGAACAAUGUGGAAUACAAAUCUCAGGGUUGGAGCCGCCUUGUGCUGCUGACCCUCAGUCACCUGAACAUGAUACAGGUCAUGUAGUCAAAAGUUUUAAAAUUGAAAAUAAUAAGGACAAUAUCUUAGAUAUAUCCAAAUUUUCUAGUAGUAAAGAUGUGCCAUUAAAGACGGGGCGCUGGCCACACUUGUCUCAGAUGGUUGGUGGCCCUAGGAAUACAAUAUCUCAAGGAAAUUCACUUUCAAGAGCUAAAGAUAAGCUUAUGGUUAGCAUUAAAGAGAAUCCCAGGAGAAGUGAUAUUGAUGCGUGGAAUAUGAGGCAUGUAAUGACCAAACAUGUUGAUGAGACAGGAAGAGUGUGCUCUGAUGUGAUGAAUGGGAAGAAUAUCAAUACCGAAAGUGCAUUGCUCCCUCAGGAUGCGAGGUUGAGGAUAUUAUCCACGUCAAGUUUCUCACAUUUUUUUGGGAAGAAAACCGCAAAGGGUAAAGGGGUUGUCUAUGCACAGCUAGGAGACAAGGUAGACCUGGAAAGUGGUGGUAAUUUCGAUAGUAAUGGAAGGAUGGUUACUACAUCAGGUAUUACUUCUGAUGUCCAAAUGCAAAUGUUGCAGCGUUGUAGCAGUGGGAAUGUGGACUAUGCUGGAGUUGACUUGAGGGAAUGGCUUAAGCCUGGACAUUGUGUGAGGAACAAAGUUGAGAGCCUUAACUUUUUCAGGCAAAUUGCCGAGCUUGUAAGUUUGGCACAUUCUCAAGGUCUUGUCUUGCAACAAUUGAGGCCGUCAUAUUUUGUUAUAACCCCAUCAAAUAAGUUAAAGUACAUCGGCUCAUCAACCCAGAUAGACUUGCAAGUUCCUAAUUCAUUGGGUGGAUGCAAGAAAAGGCCUCCAGAAGAAGAUAUCUAUGCUUUAUGUACCUCUGAUGUGAAGCAACAGAAACUCAUGAAAGUCCAAAACCAUCCAUCUUUAGCCACCAUAAUGACUAGUGUUAGGACUACAACAGUUCGAGAAACCAAUUGUGAUAUAGGUAGCUCUUCUGGCUCUUAUUAUCCAGAUGACAGGGCUUUGAGCAUGGUGAGCCAUCAGGCUACUGGAUCGGAAACGUCUCCUCUGACAGACCGUCAGCUGGAGGAGAAGUGGUAUGCUUGUCCUAAGGAUCUUGAUGAAAAGGAUCACACAUUUUCAUCUAAUAUUUAUAAUCUCGGAGUGCUGCUUUUUGAGUUGCUUUGUUCUUUUGACUCGCUGGAGACCCAUUCUGCUGCAAUGAGUGACAUGCACUAUCGGAUUCUUCCACCAUUCUUUUUGUGUGAAAACCCAAAGGAAGCUGGGUUUUGUCUCUGGCUUAUUCAUCCUAAUUCAUCAUCUCGUCCAACAAUAAGAGAAAUACUUCACUCUGACCUUUUUUGCGGAUCCCAAGAGUUGAAUAUCAGUGACGAGUUGGCAGUUUUCACUGAUGAUGCAAAUAUGGCCGAGUCAGAGCUUCUACUGGAUUUUAUAGUUUCUUUAAAAGAGAAGAAGCAGGACCAUGCAAUGAAAUUAGUUGAAGAUAUUAGAUGUAUAGAAGCUGAUAUAAAAGGGUUAUUGGGGAGGCCUUCCUCUAGAGCAUCCCCACUUCAUGCAAAAAGAAACUACAAUCUUCAAGAUUUUAUUCAGUCGAUUACUAGAUCAGGUAGUAAUGAGGAUAGAUUAAGAAACGAUAUGUCACAGCUUGAAAAGGCUUACUUUUUACUGCGAAGCAAAACUACUGAAACAACUGGUCUUGGUAGAGAAGAUAGAGACUUGCUGAAGAAGAGAGAAACUGGGUCUCAGGUGCAAAAACAGAAUGAUAUGGUAGACAUGAACCAGGAAUCUGCAAGUGGGUUGGAUUUGUUUUUUGAAGGAUUGUGCAAAUUUACUUGCUACAAUAAAUUUGAGUUGCGUGGAACUCUCAGGAACGGGGAUCUUCUAAAUUCUGCUAAUGUUAUAUGCUCUCUGAGCUUUGAUCGUGAUGAAGAAUACAUUGCUGUUGCUGGAGCAUCCAAAAAAGUCAAGAUAUUUGAGUAUUCUGCUCUUGUAAAUGACACUAUCGAUAUCCACUAUCCCGUGAUUGAAAUAGGGAAUAAAUCCAAGCUUAGCUGCAUUUCAUGGAACAGCUAUAUCAGGAACUAUUUGGCUUCUACUGAUUAUGAAGGUGUUGUUCAGGUGUGGGAUGCAAGCACUGGUGUUAGGUAUUCUCAGCACACGGAACAUCAGAAAAGGGCUUGGUCAAUUGACUUCUCACGAAUUGACCCAACAAUGUUUGCCAGUGGAAGUGAUGAUUGCUCUGUGAAACUCUGGAGCACUAAUGAAAAAAGAUCAACCUGUACCAUCUGGAGUCCGGCCAAUGUAUGCUGCGUACAAUUCUCCCCUUACUCUUCUCAUCUGUUGAUGUUUGGUUCUGCUGACCAUAAGAUUUAUGGUUAUGAUCUUCGGCACAUGAGAAUCCCUUGGUGUACAUUAGCUGGUCAUGAGAAGACUGUUAGCUAUGUCAAAUUCAUGGAUUCCGGAACACUUGUUUCUGCUUCAACAGACAAUACGUUAAAGCUCUGGGAUCUUAGCAAAACAAAUUUAUCUGGGACGUCCUCAGAUGCUUGUCAUUUAACCUUUAGUGGUCAUACUAAUAAGAAGCAUUUUGUAGGCUUGUCUGUUUGGGAUGGAUACAUAGCUUGUGGUUCAGAGAGCAACGAGAUUUUCACUUACUACAAAUCCCUACCAAUGCCAAUCACCUCUUACAAACUUAGUUCCAUCAAUCCUACAUCUCAGCAUGAGGUUAGGGAUGAUGAUGGACUUUUUGUGUCGAGUGUCUGUUGGAGAAGCAAAUCAAACACUGUCCUUGCUGCUAACUCAAGCGGAAGCAUUAGGUUACUGCAGCUCGUAUGAUUAAAGAAUCCCGAAUGCUUAUCAGUGAGUCAACAUUCGGUAUUUUUCUGCUUGUCAGUGGGGCAUGGUGAUUAAACACCAGCAAACAAGUCAAUGGAAGCAAUUCAAUUAUGGUCACAAUUUCAGCAAAGGGAAGAGAGGUUUACUUCCUUUGGGUUUGGAAGCUAUCAAAACAAAGGUGAGGUUUUCCAUCAGAAUAACGGGAUGUCAUCCAAGACAAGUGAGACCAGGGGAUCAAAGGAGACAAAUAAGUGCCUUGGUGAAGGCUUCUUAUACAGUGGCUGUGUUGUGAUGUUGCAUAUCAGUUAUUUAACAGGAAAACUGGGGAGUAUAUCGCGGUCUCCUUUUUCAGCUGUUUGAUAUCGAUAGCUUCUUAGCAAUAUAAAAGGUCUCUUUACAUUAAUUUGAAUCUUCCACAACACUACUUGUUAGGGUGUGCCGUGUUCUUUAAGUUUCGUCCUCCCUCCUUUAGUUAUUGUCUGCGCCUGGGGAGAGUCGCAGGUGGCCACAGGCUGCACCUUAGAUGUCUUGGAAGAUGCUGUAUGAAAGCUCUGCCGCUCAUUUUACAAUAUUGAACUAUACAGGGCUCUAGCAUUGAUAUAGUUAGUGUCUACUUGCUAUCUGCAAGGUCACGGGUUCGAUCCCCGGAAACAACCUCUUUGUAAAAUAAGGGUAAGGUUACGUACGAUGGACCUUCCCCAAACCCGAAGCUAAGUAGCAGGAGUUGUGUGCACUGGUCAUCAGGAAUUGGAUUCUUCCUUUCUGUGACGGAGAGAAGAGGAUUAUCUGCAGUUGCCACAUGCUCAUCACCAGAAAUAGAAGCUGCUUCAUUGCCAGAUUCUGAGGAAUCUUUGCUAUUGGAUAUGCAUUUUUCCCUCUCCGUUACUCGAUAUGCAAACAUCUGAAAUGGAAUUUCCGAAACAGGAUAUGGCUCAUUGCUCAUCCAAGAAGGAAAUUUCUUAAGAAGCCCUGACUCAAUGUCAAAGUAAUCAAUAUGAGGAACAGGUGUAUCUGGGUGGUUGUAAUCUGGGUUCAUCACGAGAAAUCUUUUUAUAUAACGAAGUAUCCUGCAAAUGGACGAGAAAGUUGGCCGUUGAUCUGGAUCCGAAUGCCAACAUCUCUUAGUUAAACUUGUUGCGUAUUUUGGGCAGUGAUGUGAGAAGAGCGGCCUUUCCCCAGCUCUUAUGUUUCGGCUCAUCUUAUCUCCUUGAAGAUGAGAGUCUUCGAAAGGGACUUUUCCUGUUAGAAGUUCAAAACAGAUCAUACCAAAGCUGUACACAUCAGACUUCUCUGUGUACUUUGCAUCCAUUCCACCUUUUGAUUCUUCUUGCUCUGUUAAGACUUCUGGUGAAUGCCAGAUGUAUGAUAGUUCCUCACCUGGGUUUGAAUUCUUUUGAGAGAGGCUUGUCACUGAUGAUAGACCAAAUCUUGUAACUUUUACAUGGAUAUGAGUAUGACCCUCUGAAGAAUGGUUUUGCACUUUGGUGAAAAUGUUUGAAGGUUUCAAAUCACCAUGAUAUAUUUUCUUUGAGUGAAGAUACUCCAUACCUCUUGCUAUCUGAAGCAUUAUGUCUAAUGCAACAGGAAAAGGAAGUGGAAUGUGCUUCUUUAGGGUAUGAAAUUCUUUAAUAUGGGUACAAAGAUUCCUGCUCAUUUGCUCUGUAACAAGGAAACACUCUUUCUUUUCAUCAUCCAAGAAACCACAAAGAAACUGUAGUAUAUUUGGGUGAGAAAGAGAUAAUAGUUGAGUUAUUUCAGGAACUAGAGACUCUAUGUUUCCUUUAAUAUGUCGAAGAAGAAAGGUUUCACCCAACCAGGAUAUCUCUUUGUAUUCGCCUCCAUUUCCCAGCCGUUUUCUUACUUGGUAGUCUUUUGAAUUCAGCAAAACUGAGCAUGGUAAAAGCUCUCCAUUCAAGGACCCUGUAACAUCCAAAUUCUUCAAGAGAAGAUUCAUCAACUGUUGCCCGUACUUUGUUGAUCCAGUUUCUAUUGCCUCAAUAACAAUUGGAAUGCAGCAAAGAAGAUUAUGCAUAUGGAUUUCAACAGCGUCUCGAUUUUGGUUCAAUAAUAUGGCUUUGGCCCACCAAACCUUGUUCUCGAAACAGUUUCUGACAUAUGUAUCAGCUUCUCGAAGUAUCUUGUGGAGUUCCUUGAAGGGUUGUUCGAGGAUUCUCCAAUUUCUAUGCUUAUCUUCAAAUCUUAAGUUGGUUCUCAUUUCAUCUGCAAUUGUCUCAUAAGCCAAGGUUAGAGCAUCAAAGAGAAAACAGCAUUGCCUUUGAUUGAUUUGAAUGCUGUGUUGGAAUACCAUCAAUGCCUUUAGACUACCCAGAACUUCGCCAAUCUGCCGGAAAUGCUCCAUUCCUGUCAGAUUCUGCAAACGGGGCGCAAUCUUUAUGUUGUCAGGGCUAAUGGAAUGUGUAAUUUUCGCGGUAGCAUGAAAUGUUUACAUGAUGUUAGAGCUUGCAUGGAGUUAUUAUGGAUAGAUUCUUCUGAUGAAAUUGUUUUUGUCAAACUGGAAAUUUUCGGCCAAACUGGUGGAUUCCAUGUACAGAAGUUGCUUGUAUUCCUUUAACAAAUUUAUAGUGAAAUAGGCGGUAUGAAUUGGUCUUGGAACUUCUUUUUUUUCAGAAUAACAUGAAAAUUAUGAACCAAUAUAUUUCAAUUGAA